AUGUCAGUUGAUGUGUGUUAUCUAGCAUUCGGAGGAAUAACAGCGAUCCUCCUUUUCGGAACGCUCUACUCCGUCACAUACGACACUUAUCUCGACACCUCCAAUCCCAUCCUCACACAACUCCCUCACCAUCUACAUGCAACGCACUACUUUGCAAACAAAUCCAACAUCCUAAACUUAUAUUUCAUCAAACGUGCAUGGGGCUGGACUUCCGCCGCCUUCCUUACCCUCUGGCUGACCAGCCCACCGCACAAGCGGACAGUGCACAGAGUAGUCAAGUGGGGAGUAGAAACAGCCGCUCACAGCAGCUUCGGGGGGCGAGUGCACGGUCACCCUCCAGUCGGCACCGUGUUCACCGUCCCGUAUGAAUACUGUUUCACGCGGACGGCCAUAUCACGAGAGACGCAUCCGUCCUUGUUUGUUGGAUCCUUUGCCGAGUCGUCGUUAUGGGUGCCGGAUGAUAGGUUGCCGGUGCUCCCGCGCCUGAGGAAGGGACAUGAUGUCUCGGGCCAUGUCUUCCUCCUUACCAUGUCCGUUCUCUUCUUGGUGGACCAGAUCAGAGUCUCUCUGCGUGCCAGGACAUGGUCACUUGCGCAUGCUUGUGCAGUUGCGUUCAAUAUCGUGCUCGUAGCGAUCUGGUUGUUCGCAAUCUCUACUACCAGCGUGUACUUCCAUUCACCGUUUGAAAAGUUCACCGGAUAUUUGUUGGGAGUCGCAGGUUACAUCGUGACUUUGUUGUAUUAG